UCAACUUGGUCCCAUAUCAACUCUAAUAAUUUAGUUGACGAAGAAGACUUUUAAAAUUUAAACUACUAAUAAUUUAGUUGGUGAAGACCGAUCAUAGCCUUUAGUCUUUUAUCCAAGCAAAAACCACUUUUUAGUACCCUCUGAUCUUUUAUCCAUGCAGAACAAGUAACACUUGAAUGGCUUCCACUUCUUUCAAUACCGGUUUGUAGAUAUGACGAAGAUCUUUAAUCCGAUUUCUAAUAAUAAUGUUUGCAGAUAUGACGUGUUUCUAAGUUUCCGAGGAGAGACUCGUCAUGGUUUUACAGAUCAUCUCUAUACGGCGUUACUAAACGCAGGACUAGUCCCUUUCAGGGAUAAUGAUGACAUUGACAGAGGGGAAGAUCUAAAGCCAGAAAUCAAGAGAGGAAUUAGAGAAUCAAGAGCGUCAAUAGUUGUACUAUCCAACAAGUAUGCGACUUCUAGAUGGUGUCUUGACGAGCUAUGUUUGAUCCUAGAACAAGCGACUACGCGAAGACAUUUUGUUUUACCCAUUUUUUAUCAUGCUGAUCCCUCACAUGUUAGGAAUCAAGAGGAAAGUUUUGAAAUAAAUGUGCAAUGCAAUACACAGUGGACAGAAGAUAACGUUGAAAGGUGGAAGGCAGCCCUUAGGAAGGUUGGCAAUAUGGCUGGUGAAGUUUCUAGGGGGUCUGAAACAAAAUUUUUGGAAAAAAUUGUUGGCAUCAUUGAGAAAAGGCUUGAUCUCAAAAAAGUAUACCGUAAAGCCAAUCUAGUGGGGAUGGACAAUUGGCAAAAGGAGAUUGAGGAUUGGUUAGAAAGAUCCCGUGCUCAAAUUCUAGUGGUUUGGGGCAUGGGAGGAAUUGGUAAGACGACUUUGGCCAGGCACAUUGUCUACUCUAAGUGGGAAAACUUUCGAAGCAUCAGCAUCUUGGAAGAUGUUGGUAAUAAAUCAACAGAACAAUUGCAUGAGCUACAACAGAAACUUCUUAGAGAUAUCUUACAGGGCAAGAAGAGAAAAAUCCCUAGUAUUUGGCAAGGUACGUGUAAGAUUGAAAAUGCCCUAAAAACAGAGAAGGCAAUCAUUGUUCUUGAUAACAUUGUUGAACCAGGCCACUUGUUUCUCUUACUUGGAGCUGGAACUGAAACACAAUGUAAGAUUAUAAUAACAACAAGGGAAAGAAAUCCACAAUGGUUUGAUCAGUCUACUUCUUGGAGGUGUCAAGACCUCGAAAUGAAAUCCCUUGAUAUGAAUGAUUCAUUAGAGCUGUUAAGUCUUCAUGCUUUUGGAUCCAAAGCUCUAAUUGAAGGUUAUGACCAUCUUGUAGAGAAAGCACUACAGUAUUGUGAAGGAAAUCCACUUGCUCUUGAAGUAUUGGGUUCCUCCCUAUCUCAGAAUAACAAGCAACUCUGGGAAAGUAGAUUAAAUUCGUUUGAAACAGAGCUUCAUGCUAGAAUUCAUUGUGUACUCAUAGGGAGCUACGAGUCAUUGCCACUUGACUGUGACCGAGAGUUGUUUUUGCAUAUUGCUUGUUUCUUUGUUGGCAAAGACAUGGAUUAUGUAGCGAAGAUAUUAGAGCCUGAUUACUCGGCUUUGUCUGGAAUAGAAACCCUCUUUAAAAGAUGCCUCCUUUCCGUUUCACAAGACAAAAAACUGAUGAUGCACCGAAUGUUUCAAGAAAUGGCAAAAACAAUUGUCUAUAAAGAAUCACCCAAAAACCCUGCGAAGCGUAGCAGAGUUUGGAGAGAUAAGGAGUCUUACGAUAUAUUGCUGGAAGGAAAGGGUUCAAAAAAAGUCGAAGGUCUGGCUCUUGACAUAAAGCUGCUAAAUCAAGGAAAAGAGUCGUAUGAGUAUGAGUCAUCAGACCUAACCACAGAGUCAUUUGAGAAGAUGGACAAAUUAAAAUUGCUCCAGCUAAACUGUGUGAAUCUCACUGGACCCUACAUGAAUUUUUCAAAACAGUUAAGAUGGCUCUGCUGGGCUGGAUACAGUUUAAGAGCCAUACCCUCUGACUUGUGCAUGAAAAACUUGGUGGCUAUAGAUAUGAGCUAUAGCUGCUUGGAAGAAUUUGAGCCGCCCAUGCAUCUUCAUUCACUCAAGAUUUUGAAUCUUAGAAGCUCAAAGUAUCUACGGGAAAUCCACAAUAUCUAUCGACUCCGUAAUCUAGAGAUUUUAAUUCUCUGGGAUUGUACAAGUCUGACUCACGUAACUGCCCUUGGAGGUCUUACUUGUCUUGCCAUAUUGAAUAUAACAGGGUGUGAAAAGCUGUGCACAAGAGGGCAAACAAGUUUAUUGGUAAGUCAAGAAGGAUCAUCUCUUCAUGCCAUAAAAAGUACUCAGCAACCUUCUUUUCUUUUGCCACAGUCAUUAGAGCGGUUAUUUUCUUCUUCAUGCAAUCUUAGUGACACGGAUUAUCUACUUCUUACUUUCAACGACCAACCGCAUUUGAUAUACUUGAAUCUAGUCAAUGGUCUGUUUACAUUCCUGCCUAGUUACAAUUAUCUUAAACGUCUUCGGGUCCUUGACGUCAGUGGUUGCAAUGAUCUUAAAGAGCUGCGAUGUCUACCGAGUACACUUGCAGAAUUGUACAUUUAUUACUGUAAUUCAUUGAAUAUAGUUACUUUUGAGUCGCAUCGAUUCACAUUGCAAGAAUUUGGCUAUGAAGGUUGUGUCAAUUUGUGUGAAGUUGAAGGCCUUUUCAAAUUGAUGCCGGUAAACAAGCUUGAAGAAUCUGAUUUGAAGUACAUGUCCUGGCUCAAGGAAUAUCAAGAUCUUCAGGUGUGCUUGGUUGGAGAUGUCAAGCUUACCAAAGGCAGGAGUCCAUGUGUCCAGAUGUUAUACGAAUUUAAUAUAAUGAGCACAUCUCUACCAAAAAUAAAGAAUCUAAACAUGAUGACUGAUACUGAUUACAUGUAUACAUCUCAAUCGACAUUAUUGUCUUUUGACGUGCCUGCGUGCCCCGAGCACAGGAGGCUUGAAGGAUUAAUCAUAACUUUUCAGUAUACAGCACACGGUGAAGAUUGGGUAUGGUUUGCUAAAAUUAGUACUUCCAGUGGUGUUAACUUGAUGUACAACCCCAGAGUCUUUGGCAAACCUGAUGAAGUUGGUAUGUGGUCAAGCUAUUGGCCAAUUGGAAAAGCGUUAAAUAUUGAAGAGACAGUUAUUGUGUCAAUCAUUGUGAUCAAGGGUCUUCUGGAUAUACAUUGGUGUGGUGCAAACCUUGUGUACACUGAUGAAGGAGCAAAUGAAUCUUUGCAAGUAAACCAAGAAUGUGUAGCAAUUCUUGGAGAUGAUUUUUCUGAAUUUCAACUUAGCACAGGGGCUUACUAUCUUUGUCGCCGUGAUUUCUUUGAGUUAAUGGAAGCCGGAAAACUCACUCCUGAUUGGUUCAGGAUUUUGGUUGAUAACAAUAUCAACUAUAUAGAGGUAGGAGGAUGGAGAAUGACUGGUAAACCAGGGCACCCGUACCAAUCAUAUACAGAAUUGAAGACCAUUAGAUGCAUCAUGUAUGGUCCUGAAAUGGAGGGAAUUUAUAAGAUUGCAGAGUUAUCGAAAUCAUCUCUUGUUGAUAAAACUAUGGAGUCCACAUCUGAACUUAAUAAAGCAAUACCAAUGCUCCUUCCAUUCAUUCCAAAACUUUACAAUCCACAGGAUAUAUCAGUGGCGUCUACGACAAGCUCACUAUUUGACACAAUUGAAUGUUCAGGUUCAGUAUCUGACUGGAGCACAUCGUCUACACUGAUUCAACAAUCAGGAGGUGUCGGUGGUGGUAUCUGUAAAAACCCUAGUUUUUCACCCCCGCCGCCUCCUUCACAGCCUGGCGAUGGAGGUGGAGGUGGAGGUGGAGGCGGUGGGGGUGGAGAAGGAUCAAUUAGACCUGGAUCAAUGGUAGAUCGAGCUAGGUUAGCCAACCUACCCUUGCCAGAGCCAGGUCUAAAUUGUCCACGUUGCGAUUCAACCAACACGAAAUUCUGCUUCUUCAACAACUAUAGCCUCACACAGCCUCGACACUUUUGCAAGACGUGUAGACGAUACUGGACUAGAGGAGGUGCUCUAAGAAAUGUUCCGGUUGGAGGAGGCUGUAGAAGAUACAAAAGAAGUAGCAAAAGUAGAAGCUCAAAAUCUCCAAACCGUUCGGGGCCUAAAUCACCAGGUGCAAGUCUUCCAAGUAGUAACUCAGAAAAUAUGACAAGUUCACAACUCUCACAUCCACCUUCACUUCACUUGCCUUUCAUGAGUUCUCUUAACCAAUAUGGAGGUGUUGGGGGUAACCUUAGCUCAAGUGCUAUUUCCGAUUUUCAACCUCAAAUAGGAAAUAGUAGCUCAAGUGCCAACAAUUUUAACAAUAUUCUAUCAAUUGGAGGAGGUGAGAAUUGGAGACUAUCUUUCUUGCCUGGAUUUGAAGUACCAAACAAUACUAAUAAUCUAUUUAACUAUCAAAAUGGAAGUGUCACUGGAACACAACCCUCUCCAAUGGUUGGUGGAGACAUGACAUUGAAGAACAAUCCUGGAACCGAUAACACCCAGAUCUAUCCCCAGUGAAGGUGGAAGACGAUUGAGCCUUGAAUUUAUCAAGAAAAUUUUUGGGUAUGUUAGGAAAUUACAAUCAACAACCAUGGGCUGGAUAUACGUAGUCAGAAUUUCCUGGUGUUAGCACUAAUAAUUUACUCCCACUACACACUUCUUAUAAUCUUCGGAUUAGGGGGAAUUGCAUAUUGAAGAGUAUGAUUGUUUUAUGAUAUAUAUAUGGCUCAAGGAUUUUCAAACCCUUGCUAAUUACUAGCUUGAAUGUAUGAUAGUCGGUUAAUUAAGAUUCCAAGUCUCAACGGUUUGAUCGCUGAAGAACUGCCGGAGAAUCUAUGGUAGGUAUAAAUUAUAUAUGUUUAAGUGAAAUGUGAUGAUAUUAUAAAUGUUGGUUAAUUCUAUUAAUGUUUGUAAGAGCUGAUUUGUACUUAGAAAUUAAGUGUUUCACCAGCUGCAAGUGUGUAAGUGUGUGCAAUUAUCUUGAGUAAUUAAGCUAUGUAUCUAUUACUGAAGAUGAUCAACUGAUUUUUCCAUGGACAUUCAUUUCUCACGUUAAAUUUGUUCCA